AGAGGAAGAAACAGCAUUAAAGGAAGUGCCGCAGUGACUCGAGCUCUGUUCUCUGCUGCGUUCAUGUCGAGCAGGGUUUUAAUCAGCAAACAAACGGGCCCAAUCCACCUCUUUUAAACGAUAAAAGUGUGCUAACAGAACGGCGCACAAUGGCCACUGACUCAGGCUACGGCCAGCAUGGCAGUUCACAAAGCUAUGGAGCAUAUGCCGGUCAGCAGGGCGGACAGGGAUAUGGACAAGGAAAUGGCAGUGGCUCUUACAGCGGGCAGAGUUAUCCUGGCUAUGGACAGCAAGGUGCAACACCUGCUGCUACACCAGCUGUGACGCAAGGUGCGCCGGAAGAUGGUUAUGGUCAGUCUCAGCCACAGAGCUAUGAUAAUUAUGGGCAGGAGUCAUCUGGGUAUGGUGACAAGUCGUCUUCUUAUGGACAACAAAGUUCCUAUGGCGCCCCGGGACCAGGAGGAGUACCACCACCAGUAGUGGCACCAGCAGCAGCAGGGGGAGGAGGAGCAGCAGCAGCUAGUUACGGACAGCAAAGUUCCUAUGGCAGCCCCGGGCAAGGAGGUGGCAGCUAUGGAAAAUGGAGUGAGGGUGAAAGUGGUGGUCAGGGGGGCAGGUUUGGACGUGACCAGGGCGAUCGUUCAGAAGGCGGGGGCUUCAGAGGUCGAGGCCGCGGUGGCUAUGAUCGCGGGAGCAGCUAUGACCGCAGUGGUGGUUUCGACCGUGGUGGCUUUGAUCGCGGCGGAAGAGGCGGACCUUCUGCUAUGGGAGGUGGUGACCGUGGUGGCUACAAAAAUUACGGUGGCUCUCGAGACUACGGCUCAAGGGAUGAAUCAGGUAAUGAGGUGGACAACUCCGACAACAACACCAUUUUUGUCCAGGGCCUGGGAGAAGAGGUCACAGCUCAGGAAGUUGGCGACUUCUUCAAGCAGAUUGGUAUCAUCAAGGUGAGCAAGAAGACUGGACUGCAAAUGAUCAACAUCUACACUGACAAGAUCACUGGUCUGCCAAAGGGAGAAUGUACAGUGUCCUUCGACGAUCCUCCUUCUGCUAAAGCUGCUAUUGAAUGGUUUGACGGCAAAGAAUUUCAAGGCAAACCCCUCAAAGUAUCAUUUGCCACCCGCAGAACUGAGUUCACACAGAGAGGAGGUGGAAGAGGAGGGCCGAGAGGAGGAGGAGGAGGUGGCGGCGGCGGUGGUGGAGGAGGAGGAGGAGGAGGUUUCAGAGGUCGUGGUGGAGGACCUAACUUUGAUAUUAAGGGAGGAGACUGGCCCUGUCCCAACAGCUCCUGUGGCAACAUGAAUUUCGCACGCCGACAAGAGUGCAACAAGUGCGGUGCACCUAAACCAGGAGAUGGCGGUUUUGAUGGGGACCGCGGUGAUCGUGGAAGCCGUGGAGGUUAUGGUGGUGACCGAGGCGGCGGUGGCUUCAGAGGGCGUGGAGGGUUCCGCGGGGGAGACCGUGGAGAUCGUGGAGGCUAUGGAGGUGGUGGAGGAUUCGGCGGAGGUGGUGGCUACAAGAUGGGGGGAAGAGGUGACCGCAGAGACGACAGGAGAGAGCGGCCAUACUAAGUGUUGAACAGAUGGAAACCAUUCCAGCCCUUCAGUUCUCCAGUGAAAGAGGGAGGGUUGAGUUCGGGAAUGCUUGAUCAGAUAUUCUGAUUUGUGACGCUGGUGAAUCCCAACUGCGACCCUCGGACGUGUGGCGCUGACGGGGAGAGACUCUGGGGCUGAUUGGCUCCUUUCAGCAUGUGGUCAUUUUUCUUUUUCUUUUUUUUUUGUGUCUUAUUUCUUUGUACAUCCUUUUUAAUUUUCUCAGAUUCUAGCUGCAAAUGUUUUGUGAGAUAGACUUCGUACCAUUGUUUUGUAUGAACGAAUAAAAUAUUUUACUUGG